AUGCUGACGGCUUUGCGCGAAGUUAUACAUUGUGGGCAGAAUAAGGAACACUUACCGUUACGCGGUAUGGGAGUUUGCAGUGCACUUUUCCACUGCAUGUUCUUAACGAUAUUGCAGCCAAAAAUUAUAAAAAAAAGCUUUUUUUGGCGCUGUCAGUUAGUUAAAAGCUGCAUCCCUUACACACAUAUACGGGAUAACUUUUGUUAAAUUAAAAAAUAUUACUGAAUGCUUUGCCAACCUAAAUGGUAAAAAGUAAUGAUAGCGGCGGGAAAAACGUCGUAUUACGAAAGGUAAAGUUCAAUUUUCCAUAUAAAACCAUGAAAACUUCUGCGAGAAGAGGCUCAUUGCAAAUGCGGACUAUUUUACUUGUUUUCGUGCUUGUGUUACCAGUCGCAUGCAAAACUCUUCCGAACAAAAUUGAAAUUUUCUCAAAGGGUAACUAACUAUGUCCCCUUAAACUAUUCUUAUAAACAGGAAAGCAAAAGGAUGUCGGUGUGUCCAGGAAUCCCAUUCCGCAAGGGCUUACGGACUUUGCAAAGAUACUGAACGCUACAAUGAAUCUGAGCUUAUCGCCGUGCAAUGACUUCUACAACUACGUGUGUGGCAAGGAAAUGUUAUCAACAUAUCAAGAAAUCGCACUGGAAUUACAGAAGAAAUUAGCGUUGGGUAUGAAGAGGAGUUUGGUGAGUUCACAAUGUAACAAAAAUUCAACUGCUCUACAGGGUGGUUCAGCCUUAGCUGCCAUCCUUAUUUCAAGUAUUUCUCCGCCAAUAAUGCAUGAAUUUCUAUAAAAUUUUUUAUCAAAUUGAAGUUGAAGUAAAAGCUCUAGACAGUCUCGCACAUUUGUUCACAUUUUUAAAAAUUUCGGUUAACGAAGCCUGUUACCCCCGGAAGACAAAAGCAAGGUCUUGAAGGUUAAUUACGAGUAUUCCGUUGACUGCGGACAAUUUAUUUCAGCUACUUCCAAAUGUCUUAUUUAGCCAAAGACCCGAAUAUUUUUCAAGUCCAAGAACUCAAUUGAAAGUCAUUGCAAAAAUUUUCUAAGUUUCACCUAUUCCGGACUCCAAAAUUUGGAAUGAAAAUGUCAAGGUCAAGGUACAGGGGCCUCCGUGAACUUGGUCCCGUCAUGUGGACAAAAAAUGGGGUAGCUCAGCUUCAAUUUGAUAUAAAUUUUAUAGAAAUUGGUGCAUUAUUGGCGGAGGAAUAUUUGAAAUAAGGAUGGGAGCUUCGUCUGAACCACCCUGUAUUCACACAAGUUAUAGAAAAUUCCUGUGUUGACGAAACUUGACGCUCUUCUCGACAAGUGCGUCAAUAAAUCGCAAAACGUGGACGAUUACAAUGGCGUCAAGUUCCUGAAGACGCAUUACCAAAAAUUCAGCUCAAUCUUAGGAACCGAAUUCCCUAUCCUCCUCGACGGCCCCAUAAAGAAGCCUACAAAGGAGCAGCUGACUGAAGCCAUGUUCUUCUUUUCCAGCAUUAGCAGGAAAACUCUGACAACCGCCAAAGUCGAUUAUUCCUAUAGACAGAACGAGGCGGAUCCGGUCAUGACGAUCAACUUCAAAUCGCCUUCUCUUUUGUUAUCAACGGUAAUUUGUUGUCUUUUUUUGCAGUGUUUUUAAAACCGCAUUUUUGAUUCAGGCCUAUUAUUAUUAUGACAAGUUAUGGGACAAUCAGGUGGCAAUGGAUCCCGUAUUCAAUAUUAUUGCUAGACCAGCGCAUAGAUUCAUAUCUGCAGCGAGCGUUCAGGUCGCUAAAGAGAAGCUGAGAAAAGACAUCCAAGAUGUCAUGAAAUUGGAAAAACUUAUUGUCGACCGUGUCUUACCGAACCCGCAGAUGGCUUCAGUAACGGAAAUGCAAGUCAAAAAAACCGCAGUCAUCCGGUUACACACAUAUAUUUCAGAGAAGCAAAGUUGAUGACUGCGCAAGAGGCAAAUAACAUUGCUGGGUUGCUCGACUUUCCCCAAUUCCUCCAGCUGUUCGUCAAGGAAGAGGCCGAUGACUUAAAGGCUCAUGUUUUGUCCAAUAACUUCAAAAUUCGCAUAUACGCACCAGAAUCUUUGAUGGCAAUGAAGAAUCUCAUAGACAGUGACGAAGUGGACGGCCGGACACUCGUCAAUUAUCUGUAUUUGCAUCUGCUGCGCGCCUACGAAACUCGUUUACCACCCGCCGGCGUCUCACGAACGGAAAGUUUAACGUUCAACGAUGACUCUUCCUUUGAAAAGCUUCAUAGCUUUGUUAAUUCAAAAACCGAAGGUAGUGAAAUGCAGCAAAAAGAGUUAUGCCUUGGAAACAUGAUGCAAACAGAUGCACUGACAGAAACAUUCGGUUAUCUCUCACCGCUAAUUGAACGUUUGUACGCCGAAGGCUCGCUGCCUACGCCAGAGAUUCGACAGAAAAAAGUCGAAUACGUAUCUCAGCUGACACGCAAUUUGUUGCAAGCAUUUCGAGUAAGUAAGCCUUGAGUUUCAGCAAGUGUGCUUGUGUCUUCCAACAAGUAUUUAUUCCAGACACAACUUGAUGAGCUUGAUUGGACAACAAACUCGAAAAGUCACGCAUACGAGAAGCUGGAAAAUAUAGAGCUGAACCUCGUAUACCCGGAAAAACUGUUCAACGACACCUAUCUGAAUGCAAAAUAUGCCUCCUAUGAGUUGAACCCCACAUUAAGCUACGAAGACGAGCUGGAACGGGCACAAGAAUUGGCAUUCAAAGACCGCAAGAGACUCCUGCUGCAGACGGUAAAGGACAGGAAAGACAUGUACUUGCCAAUAUAUACCGUCAACGCGUUUAACAAUCCGCCGGUGAACGCUAUAAUCAUUGAAGAUGGCUUGUUGUCAAUGCCCAUCUUUUCUGUUGAUUACCCAACAGCAGCCGCUUAUGGUGGGGCGGGAAGCCUUGUGGGGCACGAAAUCGUUCAUGGCUACGACAACCUUGGCAUUCGUUUCGAUAAGACUGGAGACAUGAAGGAAUGGAUGGACCAAGAGACCAAACAGAAAUUUAAUACCAUGGCGCAGUGUGUUGUUAACCAAUUCAAUGGGUUUACUACGUCUCACAACUCCUCGGUUAACGGUCAUGCAACUCAAGGAGAGAAUAUAGCCGACGCCGGGGGUAAAAGAACCAUUGAAUUUUCUUGAGCAAAUUUUCAGGUCUCUUGGCAGCUUAUCGUGCUUACAAAGCUCAAACAGCGAGUGCAGGAGCCGACCCACCAAUUCCGCUUGAAAGACUGCAAUCAUUAACAAACGACCAAAUUUUCUUUAUUUCGUUUGCCCUUUUCCACUGUCAAAAACCACCAAUAUUAAUGGAGGUUCUAGCCACAGAUAUGCAUGCAGAAAGCAAGUUGCGUGUCCUCGGUGUCUUGCAAAGCAUGCCUGAAUUCAAAGAGGCUUUUAAAUGCAAUGUCGGGGACUUAUACGCGCCCAAAGAACAUUGUAAUGUCUAUCGAAAAGCUCCAUCCGAUAAACCUUGUUAAAUUUUAAUUGUAUUAUACGUAUAUUGUUCAUACAGAUUUUUCAUAAACACAUUAUAUAAGGCGCGUGCGUUCUACAUCUCAGCGGGCCUCCUCGCAGAAAACCCGCAUUUCUUGUCUGUAGGCCCUCUAGACAAGAAAUGCGCAUUUUCUGUCUAAAAUAGAGGCAAAAUUUGCAAAACUUGUCUGAGAUAACAGACAAAAGGCCUGGACGAAAACCUGAAAAUGUUGUCUGGACUCCAGACAAGAAACGAGGAAUCCUGUCUGGUAGUCAGACAAACUUUUUUGUCUGAUCAGAAACGGAAAAUCCCCUAAAAAUCUUUAUCCACAAAAAGUUUCGAUUCUCCCCUCCGUGGAAAUUGCGAGUUGCAUUUCACAGCCCAGGUUCUACGACGGAACUUGUCCGAACAACGAAAUCCAAGGCCAACGACCGUCGUCGCUGACCCCGAUCACGGUGAAGGACAUGCUUCGCCUUGGAACCUCGGCGUUCCUUGAGACUGUUAUCGUUUCUGGCCGAAAGGCCGAACUCCAACAAAUUCGAAAAAAACAUUGCCCGUACAAGCAAAGAAAAUUUUCUCGCUCAGAAAAGAAAUGGGUUCCUCUCAUGAGCGAGAAACCCAGAGCCGAGAAACGCAGAGAAAAGAACAAAAACGCACGCAAAAAGCGUGAGUGAGAGGGCACUUUUGAACGCGAUUUUUUCUCUGCGUUUCUCGCUCAUGAGAGGAACCCAUUUCUUUUCUGAGCGAGAAAGUUUCCUUUCGUCAAUCGAGCAAAGUGCCCUUCGAAUUUGUUGGUGUUCGGCCUUUCGGCCAGAAACGAAAACAGUCUCACGGAACGCCAAAGUUCCAAGGCGAAGCAUGUCCUUCACCGUGAUCGGGGUCAGCGACGACGGUCGUUUGCCUUGGGUUUCGGUGUUCUGACAGCUGCGCCGAAGAAGUCGUGGUCUGACGUGCAACAAGGUAGUCCCAGGAAAGAAGCGCGAUGAAAAGUUUUUUGUAGACGAGAUUAUGCAUUUCUAGCCAGACAAAGUUUUCUUGUCUGGCUACCAGACAGGAUUUCGCAUUUCUUGUCUGAAGUCCAGACAAAAAAAUUGUCUGCUUCCCAGACAACUUUUGCCUACUUCUUGUCUGGCUUUGGACAAGAAUCGCCAAUUCUCGUCUGGACCGAAAAUAAUUUGGACGGAAAACUGCAAUUCUUGUCUAGAGGGCCCACAGACAAGAAAUGCGGGUUUUCUGCGAGGAGGCCCGCUGAGAUGUAG